AUGCCACCAUCAUUCCAACAACUCUUCAAGUUCACUGUGGGAGAAAAGACCGACGGCAGCCCAACCGAGUUCAAUGUCCACGAAGAAGCAUUUGCAGCCCUUUCCGAACCGCUCUCUAAACUCAUGAAAGGAGGCAUGGCAGAGUCCCAAGCUGCGAAGACGAAGUGGAACGAUGUGAACAAAGAGACGUUCGAAAUGUUUGCUCAGUUUGCCUACACUGGCGAUUACUCUAUACCUAAGACGAAAAUGCGGGCUGCGAAAGAGAAGAUUACAAACGACGCUCCAGUCGAUACUUUUAGCGGAGAGGUGAAUGGGCCGGUAACACCGUCACCGCUACCACCGUCAUCGCCAUCGGACUUUUGGUUUCCUGUCGAACCCAGGUCCGCCUUCGAGGAAAAGUGGGGAAGCUCAAGAAAGCACAAGUCGAAGAAGACAAUGUCCCUAAAAUCGACGAUUUCGGAUUUCCAGUCUUUGUCAUUCCCACUGUCAACCUCGCGUGAUAGUUAUCUGAAAAGCUACGAGCCUAGUAAGGAGUUCAAUCAGAAUCAAGACUAUUCCAACGUCUUCCUUGGUCACGCCUCAUUGUACGUCUUAGGGGACCUUUGGCUUGUUGAUUCAUUGAAGUCAUUGGUUCUAUACAAGCUGCACAAAACACUGUGUGCAUUUCAAAUCAAUAACGAGAGCGUUGACGAUAUCCUCGCACUUACGAGAUAUGCAUAUUCCGAGGAAGUGGAAGGGGCAGACCACGAUGAAGGUAUUGGAGGCUUGAGAAGUUUGGUGUGCCAGUUCUUGAAGCUCAAUGCGGCGACUUUGUCUCUUGAUGACGGUUUCAUGAAACUAUUGUGGGAGGGCGGUCCGGUUGCCACAGACAUGUUCAAAGCUGUGGCCCAGAUGUCACUCUAA